AUGGACCCCCAAAUGAACAAGCUCCUCAAAUGGAGCGUGCAAAACUCCCAGAAUGCAGACGGCUCCCCCGAUGCCCCCGCCAGUGCGCGCAACCUGACCCCGGACAUGAUCAACGCUCUGUUUGGCGGACCCUCCGAGGCCGAUCUGAUGAAGGCCGCCAUGGAGGUGCUGCACUCUGACGACUCCGACCUGGAGAACAAGUUGAUCGCCUUUGACAACUUCGAGCAAAUGAUCGAGUCCAUUGACAAUGCGAACAAUCUGGAGCCACUGGGCCUGUGGUCCCCCUUGACCCAACUACUGCAGCAUGAGGAGGCGGACAUCCGUCGUAUGGCCGCCUGGUGUGUCGGGACGGCGGUGCAGAAUAAUGAGAAGGCGCAGGAUAAGCUCGUCGUGCUGAAUGUUAUUCCUACGCUCGUGAACAUGUCGACUACGGACCCCAACCCGGCUGCGCGCAAGAAGGCUGUGUAUGCGCUUUCGUCGGCAGUGCGCAAUUACCAGCCUGGCAUGAACGAAUUGGUCAAGCAUCUCCCAGAGGGCUACCCGAGUGAUAAGGCAGACGCGGGUGAUAUGGAGGCGGUGGAUGCAAUCAUGGAUAAGCUGCGAUCUCACCCGGUCGAGUCUUCGUGA